AUGGGCUUGGGGAAACUGGGACUCUUGUUCUCAAGGUUGUUUGUGAUCCUGCUUUUGCAGUUUUCUCGUUUUGAGUACCGCAUGCAGAAGAGUCCUUGUCACAUAGAAAGAGCUUACAGUCCCACCUAUAGAAAAGAAGGGGACUUAGUCAUAGGGGGCUUCUUCUCCUUGUAUCUAAAGUUUGUGCAACUAAAUGACAAGGCUUUCUUCCAAAGUCCUCACCUCUGGACUGCUCCAGGCCAAUACAACCCUCUUGCCAAGAGAUUACAGGACUUACCAUCCUGCUACUCCAUAGUCACGUUCCUGAGAUCUGGGAUGUUGGCCACUGGCCUCGGAAAACUAGGGCUCUUGUUCUCAAGGUUAUUUGUGGUCUUGUUUUUGCAGUUUUCUCUUUUUGAAUUGCAUAUGGAGAAGAGUCCUUGUCACAUAGAAAGAGCUUACAGUCCCACAUAUAGAAAAGAAGGGGACUUAGUCAUAGGGGGCUUCUUCUCCUUGUUUCCAAAAAGAGAGUAUCACAUCAAUAGCUUUUUCUUCAGAGAUCCUCCCAUCUGGCUUCCUGCAGAGUCAAGAACAUUGCGCAAAUAUUACCAACAUAUCCUCGCUUUCCAGUUUGCUGUGGAUGAAAUCAUCAAGAACCCUGAUUUGCUGCCAAACAUAACCUUGGGAUACCAGUUGCUCAAUAACUUCCAUCUAAAUAGUCUAGCUGUGGAGAGCUCCUUGAUAUGGCUGUCAGGGAGGGGUCCAACUGUCCCUAACUAUAGCUGUGGCAGGUAGCCCAAUUCAGUGGCUGUCAUUGGAGGGAUGUCAUCCACAUUGUCCAUGGCCAUGGCCACCAUUCUCAAACUUUAUAAAGUUCCACAGAUCACCUAUGGCCUAUUUGAUGUUUUCCUGACUGAUAAGAUUCAGUAUCCAUACAUCUACCAGAUGGGCAGCAGAGAAUCCUCUCUUUACCUUGCAUUCAUCAAACUGGUGCUCCAUUUUGGCUGGACUUGGGUGGGACUGGUUCUUUCGGAUAAUGAGAGAGGUGAAAAUUUCUUCAGUGUUCUGAAAGAGGAGAUGGUCAGGAAUGGUCUGUGUGUAGCCUUUAAGGAAAGAGUAUCCCCAAAACUUGCAUAUGAUGAGCAUUAUAAUAUCGCUUCUAGGAUCAUUGCAUCAUCAUCAAAUGUGAUUUUCAUCUAUGGAGAUACAGACUCCCUUCAAGAACUUGUUUUUGUAUUUGUUAGUUAUGUACCUUAUGGGAAGAUGUUGGUCGCCACCACUUCUUGGGAUUUUUCUUUUGAUUCUAAUAUUGAAACUCUUACCCAUUUUCAUGGUAUACUACUGUUUUCUCAUUCCCAGUCAAAGAUUCCUGGUUUCACAGAUUUUAUAAGAAGCCUGAAAACCAGUCAGAACUUGGAGGACAUUUUCCUAAAGGCCUUCUUAGAGUCAGCCUUUAAGUGCAGAUUUUCAGACAAAAGUCAUAUAGAAAUGUUGCAGUCUAUUUGCCCAGAAAGUGUUUCCUUGACAGAUUUACAUGAUAUGAAAUUUGACACAAUCAUUAUGGAACUGAGUUCUCAUGUUUACAAUGCAGUACAUUUAGUGGCCUAUGCUCUCCAUCAAAUGCUCCAGACAGAGGCAAAAGAUACAUCAGAACUUCAAAGUAACCCAGAACCUUCUUAGAAGCUCCAUCACUUCCUGAAGUGCACUAGUGCCAGUGAUGAGUCAUGUGGAGAUGGAGCCAAGACUGAGACAUGUGAUAUCCUGAAUUUUGACUACUUCCCUGGUCAGAUGGCGACACUGGUGAAAGUGGGUGAAGUGACCCCUCAUGAUCAGGGAUUCAGCAUUAAUGAAGAAUACAUAGAAUGGCCAGAAGAUUUCCUUCAGACUCCAACCUCCACGUGCAGUCUGAGCUGUGGCCCUGGAUUCAAGAAGACAGUCUGUGAAGGCCAGCCCAUCUGCUGCUUUGAUUGCACCCUAUGCCCUGAAGGGCAGAUUUCCAACCAGACAGAUGCAGAGCAGUGUCUGCAGUGCCCUGAAGAUGAGUACCCAAGUAGCGAGAGAGAUCGAUGCCUCCCCAAGGCUCUGACCUUCCUGGCCUAUGAAGAACCUCUUGGAAUGACCCUGGCCGGUGCAGCUCUCUGCUUCUCCCUCCUCACUGCUCUGGUCCUUGCAGUCUUUGUAAAACACAGAGACACCCCCAUAGUCAAAGCCAAUAACCGCAGUCUCAGCUACACUGUUCUGGUCUCCCUCAGCCUCUGCUUCCUCUGCUCCUUGCUCUUCAUUGGCUGUCCUAACACAGCCACUUGUCUCCUGAGACAAACCACAUUUGCUGUUGUGUUUACACUGGCCAUUGCCUCCAUUUUAGCUAAAACUAUCACUGUGGUUCUGGCCUUCAAGGCCACAAAGCCAGGCAGCCAGCUCAGGAAGUGGCUGGGCUCCAUAGCAUCUUAUUCUCUCAUUUUGAUCUGUACUGUAAUACAGAUGUGUCUCUGUGGCAUCUGGCUUGGGACCUAUCCCCCAUUCCUGGAGAUGGACGUACAUACUGAGCCUGGCUUCACUGUCAUUCAGUGCAAUGAGGGCUCCAUCCUUACCUUCUACUGUGUCCUGGGCUACAUGGCCUUGCUGGCCUUGGGCAGCUUCAUGGUGGCUUUCUUGGCCAGGAAUCUGCCAGACACUUUCAAUGAAGCCAAGUUCCUGACGUUCAGCAUGCUUGUAUUCUGCAGUGUCUGGGUAGCCUUCCUGCCCACAUAUCAGAGCACCAAGGGCAAGGCCAUGGUGGCCGUGGAGGUCUUCUCCAUCUUGACCUCUAGUGCUGGGAUUCUCACUUGCAUCUUUGCUCCCAAAUGCUAUGUGAUCCUUCUGAGGUCAGACAGAAAUACCCUGGAGAUACUGAAAAACAAAGCCAAUCCCUGGGCAGCUUAG